AUGCAACAACAUGCAUGGCAACAACCAUACGUAAAUAUCGUUAAACUUUGCUCCGAGAAGUCAAAGCAAUACUCAUCCGAAGGAGGAGUGAGUCAAGAAAUGGAUCGGGACAUUGGAAAAACAGUGUUCCGAAUUAAGGGAUCAGUUCCUUCCAACAACUACGUUUCAUUUCCUUCCAACAUUCCCAAAAACAAAGGAGACGUUCUAGGCUUGGUAGGGCAAUUUUGCUAUGUUCAACUUCGAGCCUCCAAGGAAGUAUUUGUGUUCCAUAUCGAUAUCAUGACUAAGGAUGAAAUGACGAUUCGAUUUUCUUUUGGAAAUGUGUACAAGCAAGUUAAGAAAACUCAUAAUACUGUGUACAUUCCUGUGGAUUAUCUAAAUGACAAAUGGACUACAAUUGCAAUUGAUUUUAAAGCACUUGUACAAACUCAUCUAGAAAAAGUGUUUAAAUGCGUGAGAGGAGCUGUCAUUUGCGCAAAUCUAUCUCUAAAGAAUAUUUUCACUUCAGACAAUUUAUAUACAUCAGAAAACCUUGCCAAAGACUUGUAUCUGCCAAUUCAUAAAGGAAUGAAUUGGAGUGACGAGUAUGAUUGGUUUUGGAUCCCUGGAGAACCAGCAAAUGUGAAAUUAGCAUGUAUUAUUGAUCCAGACACCCUCAAAAAACCAUCAACAAGUUUUAACACAAGUAGAACUUCAUCUGUUGGUUCAACUGGUUCCAAACGAUCAUCAAAAAUAGCUGGAGUUCUUUCCAACAAAUCAAUGCUAACACCAAGUCCAAUUAUGGAAUGCAAAAGAUUCAUUGGAUAUAACUCUCAUUUCAACUCAAAUCUAUGUUGGACAUUGGAUUCUGCAUAUUGUUUAUUUCCAUGUGGAUCCACUAUUAUCAAAAUGGACGUAAAUUCUGGCAAACAAACAGCAUUCCAAGGUCACACUCAUUUUGUAACUUCUUUGGCGACUGAUUUUAAAUGCAGUAUCAUGGCUUCUGUUCAAAACACAAUACCGUUAAUAAGAAUAUGGGACGUUGAGACUUGUCGAUGUCUUGCUGUAUUGAAAGGUCAAGAAUCGGAGAUAACAUGCCUCUGCAUCUCUGAUAACGGAAAUGUGUUAAUGACUAUUGGAAAAGACAAGUCUUUAAAAACACAAUUCAUCAUUUGGGAUAUUUCUAAUGUGAAAAAUUCUGAAGAGAUUCCGAUCAUUUCAAAAUAUGUUUGUGAUUAUUCAGUGAAAAAGGUCAGCUUUGCUCCAGGAGAAGACACCAAGUUCGUGACCUGUGGAUUUGAAAAUAUAAGGUUAUGGAGAUUAAAGGGAGGAAUAGUUAGAGGAUGCUCGCUCUCGCUUGAAAAUUACAGCCUUACAAAACAAAACUUUUUAGAUAUUGCGUUUGAAAAGACAUUUGUCUCGCCUCAUCUUGGAGAUAAGGAUCAUCGUUUUUAUUUAGGUACUGAAUCUGGAGCCAUUUAUCAAGUUAAUUACACAAAGAGGAUCGUUGAGUGUGUGUUCCAACUUCACAACAGUGCUAUUAAUUCUCUGUAUAUUAACGAGGGAAUAUGUAUCACUGGAUCUUCUGACAAGUACGUUCGAGUAUGGCCUCUUGAUUUUUCAGAUUUUUUCAUUGAGGCAGAGCUUGAAAAUGCCGUGAUGAGCGUGGUAACAUCAAAAGAUGGAUUUAAGGCACUCAUUGGAGAUUCUAAUGGCUCCAUAGGAAUUCUUGAAAUUAGUUCACAAAAAUAUAGAUCAGUAUUACGUUCUCACACCAAACAAGUGCUUGAUGUUGCCUCGGAUCCCAACAGAAUGGAAUUUGCAACCGUUGCAUUAGAUAGAACCAUCAGAAUAUGGGAUUUAACAACUUUAAAUCAGAAAUAUCAGUUUGAUGUUGACGGUGAAAAUCCCAUUUGUGUGGACUAUCACAAAUUUGACCAUAUGAUGGCAUGUGGCUUUGAGAGCGGAAUUGUACGAAUAUUUGAGGUUCCUACCACUCAAGUGUUAGAAGAAUACAAAGCUCAUUUAACAGAUGUUCUGGCUAUCGCAUAUACCCAUGAUUCACGAUGGUUAAUUACAUCUUCUAAGGAAUCGAUCUGUGUUUCAGAUACUAGGCACAUGUAUCAACCUGUAAAAGUAAUACCCUAUGCCUGUGAAUGCAAGAAUGUGAACCUUUCAAUGAGCAGAGAUGGAAAAUAUUUCUCAUUCAUCUCACCGACCAGAAAUCUUAUUCAUGUGUACGGAUGUAACGAUUUCGAAGAAGUGUUCCAAUUUGAAACUCCAACUGACUUCUUUGAGAGCAUUGUUUUCUCCGCAGACUCAAAAGAAAUUAUUGCAUCAACCUCGGACUCCAAGUUAAUGUCCAUAUGCUUGGAAAAGGGAGAAAUAAUAUCUGAAACUGAAUAUGCUCCCAAACACAAUGCAAUAACAAUGGAUACCAGCCAAAAUGGUAAAUACUUGGUAUGUGGAGGUGAGGAACGAUUAUUAAGAGUGUGGAAUUCAAAAGACCUUGCCAAUUUCAGUUGUCAAAAGUUUGUUGGCCACUCGGGAAACAUUAAGAAGGUGAUAUUCACCUCAGAUUGUGGACAUGUCAUUAGCUGUGGUGAAGAUGGAAUUCUGGUAUGGACAUUCCUCGGUGAUAAAUCUAGAGAUAUCAAUUUAAUGAUUGAGAGUCAUUUAGAGCGAAGAAUGAUGGAAAAAAAGAAAGAGGAAGAGUUUGAGAUUGAUGAGCUUGCUGCUCAAUAUCGAGGUGUGUAUGAGAAAACGUAUGACGAUCGAAACAAACGAGCAUUGGAAGAGCUAGAAGCAAUUGACCCAGCCAUUGUUAGAGAUGUAUCUGCAAAUCAGUCUCAUGAUUACCAUGAUCAUCAUCAUCUUGUUCAUACGGAUCGACCUUUUAAGAAAUACAUGUUCAAUAGAAAACCAUCCAAACUGAUCAACUCGGAUCGAAAUUUACCACGAGAACCCUCCAAGUUAACACUUGCAAGAGUAUGUGGAUACAGUAGUCACGCAAGAGAAAAUUUGAUAUGGCUUGAAAAGCAAGGAUCUUUAAUUUAUACAUCUGGAAAUGUGAUAAUCAUUGAAGAUAUUGCCACAAGAGCACAACAAUAUCUAACAGGUCAUGAACAUGAGAUCAAUAUGAUUUGCAUUCAUCCCAACAACAAGAUUUUGGCUUCAUGCGGAGGAGCGAAAGGUAUUACAUUAGAUUCACCAAUCAUUUUCUGGAAUUUAGAAACCAAAUCUCCAGUCAAGAGAUUGGAAUACCACAAGUGGGGUGUUCUAGCAAUGGAUUUCUCACACGACGGCAAAUACUUUAUCAGUGUCGGCAUCAAUGAGUACGAUGACAAGUGUGUAUUAGCCAUAUGGUCUGUCGAAACAGGCAAAUUAAUCGCCAAUACUUUGGUUGCGGAAGAAAUUUAUGUAAUCAAAUGGUUCCCAAGCUCUCCUUCCUUUGAAUUUAUCACGUGUGGUAAAAAUUCCAUCACAUUUUGGUAUCUCAACCCUGAAGGACAACUUCUCAUGUCUCCAGCCAAAGUUGAUAAGCAACUGUUGGGAUCACCUGAAGAUCCUAUUCAUUUUACUUCUAUUGGAUUUAGUGAAGAUUACCGAAGUGCAUGGAUUGGAGCUUCGUCUGGUUUUAUUUUAGCGUUUAACUUGGAGACGAAUGAACUCGAUCAUAAAUGGAUGGCCGUUCAUGAUUCCUAUGAAAUUGAUCACAUUUGUUGGAGAAAGAAUACUAUCAUUACUUCAGGAACCGAUGGAUCUGUAAAGAGAUGGAAAUGCACCAAGAAGGACAAACAAUAUCAUAUUGUAUUGAGGGAACAGAUGGAGUUAGAUGGUCCAAUAAUUGCUUCAUGUUUUGAUGAAAAAGCUAAUCAAGGAGUUGUUGGUACCUGUAAAGGAACCAUUUGGUACAUUCAUUGGGAUCAACAGCAAUGCAUCAGAAUGAUCACAAGUCAUUCACAUGUUGUGAGUGGUUUAGCCAAAGUCAAUGGCUACGUGACGAGCAGCUCCCAUGACGGAACGGUUCGAGUAUGGACCAAGUUUAUAUCGAACAACAAUCUUUCUCUCAAUCAAGUAUUGGAAAUGAAACGAGGUGAAGAUGUCCAUGUGGCAGCACUUUGUAUGGACAAGAGCUCAACAAGUAAUCUCGUUGUCGUCGGGUAUAGUGAAGGAACCAUAUUUGUGAAUUAUUUAAAUAACUUGGAAAACGUUUUAAAGAAUAAGAUCAAGCCACAUGAGGAAGCUUUGACUUGCAUUUUGGUUACUCCAUCCAAUAGAAUCAUUACAGGAAGUGCCAAUGGUAUUCUCACUCUUGUAGACAAUUUGGUGAAUUUAACAUCAGAUUCGACUUUGGCACUUCCAACAGAAUUUUUAGAGAAUCGAUUUAUUUUCCUUCGAGAAUUCCAAGGACUUCGAAUUUGUUCACUCGAUUACGAUCCUAAAACCAAACGAUUUGUAAAUACUACUUGUACAGGUUUAGUGUCAGUUUGGAAUGACACAGAUUUAACACAAAUUGCAAAAUUUGCUCCUCACAUUUACACUAGAAAAGUGGCAGAAAAGGAAAAGUAUGAAAUUGAUGUUAUUGCCAAAUUCUCUCCUUUUGAAUCAGAGGUGUUAUUAAUUACAGCUCCUUCUAAAACUUGUCCCAAGAUUGAAUUCUACAAUUACAAGAGAGAAUAUUGUUUGAGAGUGGUCGAGAUGCAUUGCUUUGCAAAUUGUUUUGCAAUUUCACAAAAACAUCGUUGGAUUGCAUUUGGAACACGCGAACGACUAGUUGUAUUAAUGAAUUAUUCUACAGGUGAAUUUGAAGAGUAUGAAGGACACGGCGAUGGUAUUCAAUCCAUUAUGUUUGACGAUGAAUGUGAUGAAUUGUAUUCUGCUGGUUUUUCAGAUACCUUUGUUUGGAAAUUGUCUCAUACUACCAACACCAGCAUCAUGCAAGUGACUCCAAGCAAUAAGUGA